GGGUGUGGACCUCCCGGCGAAGCUUAAUUGUUGGUGCUCAGGCUCUCAACAAACUUGAACCGGGGCAAAGUCGAAAAGACGGAGACAGGCCAUCCGGGUUACGUAUGCCCGACGUAUAGCUACGCUUGCAAUGCUAGAUCUGCAGAGCUUCCACUUUCAAACCUACGAACUGUGCAACCUUCGUUCACUGAGGAAAAUCGCGUUGGCGACUGUCAACUUUUAGCUUCCGCUUGGCUUUCCUAGACCCACAAAAUCCAUCGCAAAGUCUCCUGAGACCCAUCAGAUCCUUAGACGGCGAGAUAUCGAGGCGGCAUUUGUCGCCUCCGUCCGACAGCCUACGCCACUAUGGCUUCCAACAACAGCAGUACGCAGAGGCUCCGCCGCCCGCCCACUACCUUUUGGCUGCCAUGGCGUUGGACCUACCUUAUGCUAACCAUUCCGCAACAGAGCAAGCAGCCGCCGAGUGCGUAUCCGAGGAGGCACUCAGCCACCUGAAGUCAUACAAGUAUUCGGCCGUCGACAAGUCGCCGAUAUCACACUACAUUCUGAGGCCAUAUUGGAAUGCCUUCGUCGAGCUGUUACCGCUAUGGCUGGCGCCAAACAUGGUGACGCUUCUAGGGUUUAUGUGCAUCAUCUUCAACGUCGGCCUGUUGGUGGUGAUGAUGCCGGAUCUUGAAGGACCAGCGCCACCAUGGGUCUAUUACAGCUUCGCCUUUGGCCUGUUCAUGUACCAGACCUUCGACAAUGUCGACGGUAAGCAGGCCCGCCGCACCGGCACGUCCAGCGGCCUCGGCGAGCUGUUCGACCACGGCAUCGACAGUCUGAACUGCACGCUCGCCAGCCUGCUCGAAACGGCCGCCAUGGGGCUGGGCACGUCCAAGUCGGGUGUCUUCACCGCCCUCUGCCCCUGUCUGCCCAUGUUCUUCUCCACGUGGGAGACCUACCAUACCCACACCCUCUACCUGGGCGUCAUCAACGGCCCGACCGAAGGUCUGCUCCUCGCGUGCGCCUUCAUGAUCAUAUCGGGCUACUACGGGCCGGCUAUCUGGACGGAACCGCUCGUCAAGCUGCUCGGGCCGGGGCGCAUGGCCAUGAUCGGCACGGCGCUCGGUCUCACCGACGACUGCCUCGCCGACCUCUCGAUCCGCGACCUGUGGGUCACUGUCAUCGUGGUCUCGCUGCUCUUCACCCACGUGCCCUUCUGCAUCCGAAAUGUGGUGAAGGCGCGGCGCGCCAGGGGCCUCCCCGUCGCCCCCGUCUUCCUCGAGUGGACCCCGAUGGCCGUGUACACGCUGUCGAUCGGCGCCUGGCUGUACUCUCCCUACUCGACUGUCUGCGCAGAGAACCACCUCGUGCUGUUCUGCGUCAUCAUGAGCUUCGUGUUUGGGCGCAUGACGACGAAGAUGAUUCUCGCGCACCUCACGCGCCAGCCGUUUCCCUACUGGACCGUUAUGCUCUGGCCGCUCGUAGGCGGCGCCGUGUUGGGGAAUCUACCGCGCUUCGGGCUGCCCGCGGUCACGCCACAGAUGGAGUACGCUUACCUGCUAGCAUACCUUGCCUUCGCGGCGGUUGCCUACUUCAGGUGGGCCUAUCUGGUCACGACGAGCAUCUGUCGCUAUCUGGGGAUCAACUGCUUGACCAUCCCGGCCGAAAAGCAGAGGGAGAAUACGAUGAUGGCGAAGAUGGUGACGCUCGGGGAAGCAAAUGGGCGGAAGGUGGAAUAGGCGGCGAAUGGACGGGAUCGUAAUAAAAAAAACGGGGUUGUUGUGGCACGGCAACGAAGCUAUAGAGGGUGGAGGGAAGUGGGCAUUGGCCUAAUUGUUCGGCGCCUAGAGUCACUUGGAGACCGGGGCUGCAGGAUUGGGUUCAUUGGCAUUGGGAUUUACAUCGUGGGCAUG